AGUGCAAGCCUGUUAAUGAUCAGCUGAUCUCUAAUCAAAAACGUGGAGAUCGCAUUUUUCGGUGUUUUUAGAUUUUUCCAUUUGUUUAUCAUGAGUAACAAUAAACCUAAGGAAACAAAGGGAAAACGGAAGGGUUUACCGAAAUUGAAAACAAUCUUGGCUAAUCCAAACAAGGAUAAAUGUCCAGCAUUGGAUGAUGAAGAAUUGCAGCAGCUCCAACAGUUACUGAGCGAUGCCAUCAGCAACAGCAAUCAAAGGCCACAACAGUUCGCUACUUCGGCGCAUAUUCGAUUGGGAUUGGAGAGUAGUUUGCGUGCUAUCAAUAACUCGAAAUGUUCUUGUGUUUUGUUGUCUUUGACCAUUCAACCUCGAUUUUUGGUAAGACUAAUAGCGCGGAAUGUCGAAGCUAAAGAUGCCACAGUGCCUGUUUAUGUACAAAGCCAAUUAGAGGAAUUUACCAAAGACGUUUUUGGUAUUCGUGCGCUUGCCUUAGUUUUACCUACAUUGGAGGAAAUGCGUGUGAGUAAGCUAGAUACACUUAUUCAUUGGAUUGAAUCCCGCACAAAGCACCUGAAUACAAAGAUAGCAAGAUCAAUCCCGAAACGAAUUAAACUGGUAAGGAAAACAGCUACUAAACUUGAAUGCAAAGCACUUCCUAAUGCGACAGAGAUGAUCACGAUAGAAAAUACAAAUAAGCAAUGGGGAGGAGAUUUUAUAUCCUUUUCGGAUGUUAUGGACGUUGAGAAAGUAAACUUGGCAGAGGAUGAACAGAAAUUGGAAGAUGUUUUACGAAAAGUUGCAGAGAAAACCAAAAAACCAGCUACGUCCGACCAUGAAGAGAAAAGCAAACACGUUAUAGGUACACCAAACCGCAAUGAUGAAAGUAAUGAUUUGACCUCGAGCGAUUCCGACGAUUUUCUUCCAGAAAUGUAUAAGCCUUUAACGGUACACAAAAUACAAGCGAAUCCAAACAAAAAACCAAAAAAGAAGCGCCAAAAAAAGAAACAAAAGAAGAAUUAA